AGAAUUCAUAGAAUAAUAAUUACAGUAUUUACCUAGGCUGAGGCAUAGAUAAAACAUACCUAUGUUUUAUAUGGCUUAGGCUAGUAGAAUUAGAAUAUGACAUGUGAAUGAACCGAACAAGCAAACGUAAAAUCGGUAAAAUUGACACAUUGUUUGACUGAUGUGUUGCUUUUAUUUAGUCGCUUGCUUGUGUGUCUGGCCUAAAAUCCCUAGAAGAUGUACACCUAUAGAUCACCAUUGAUGGAUGAUGAAGAUUCCAAGAGAGAUGUUAAAGUUUUCACCCCUACAGGUCCUACAUUCCCAUCAAAAGCUCUUGCUUCUUCACAUCCCAAAUCAAGCUCUACUCCAUACUCGAGACCAAGUUCUUCCAAUGAAGCACCAAAAUAUUCCAGUAGGUACCAAUUAUCUUCCUACCCCAAAGAACUUAAUGACAUGUUUGGGGCUUUGGAGUGCAAACUGUGUGCUGUACAGGUAACAUCACCAAUUGUGGCUAAAAUGCACUACAGUGGGAAGUCACAUAUGAAAAAAGUGAAGCAAUGGUUUGAAAGGUGGAGUUUGAAAACUGGAAAUCCGUUGCCAAAGUUUGAUCACAAUGUUUCAACCACCUCAAUGUCUCUAAUGCCGGACUAUUGUGAGCUGUGUGACGUCAAAUUGUUAACAACCAAUGAUAAAAUGUUGCACUACGCUGGAAGAGGCCAUAAAAUGAAUGAACAGGAUCCUGCCAACGCUAAAAAGAAGAAAAAAACCUAUGCUACUAUUGACCUCUCUGGCACCCGUUUUGGAAUUGGUGCUGAUUUUUCAUCUGACAGUAAAGCAGCAAUUACUCAAGGUAUUACUCAAGGUUCUGAGUUUACCUGUGAGCCGUGCGGUGUUAAAGCACAAACUCAAGAACAACUGGACCAACACUUGGGCGGAAAGAAACACAAAGACAAACUUAGGAAGAAGGAAUCUCAAGGAGUGCCAAAACCUGACCGGCCAUACAAGUGUGACUUUUGCAACGUGUCUCUUGCAAGUAAAUAUCUUUACAACCUUCAUUGUGACGGCAAAGCACAUGCCAAAGUAUUGAAAACCUUAGAACUUGAAUUCAAGCAAGCGUCAUGUGAAAUAUGCGGUGUGGUCUACAGUUCAUUUACAGAUUUUUAUAAACACAUGACUGGUAAGGAACAUGAGAUGAAACGACAACAAAGUGCCUCAAGGCCAGAAGUCAUGAAAGUUAAACAGGAAACUAUAACUUUUGGAAACGAGUGUGGAAUAUCUCUUGACAAAGUUAAAACCGAACCUGACAAAUGGACGUGUGGACCUUGCUUUGACGCGACAUUUGAGACCGAAGAAGAGUAUGAAGAGCACAAGGAAACUAAAAGACAUCUUCUGUGCAUGUUGAAUGUCGAGGGGGACAAAGUUGUUCCAGAGAAGAUUUACUUUUACUGUUUUACAUGUAGGAAACAGUGUAACGAUAGGAAAGAUUACUUGGAGCACCAUUUUACCCAAAAACACAUGACUUUGUCUGAUCCAAAAUGUGACCUCCCCAUCACACAAGGCAUGUGGUAUUGCCACGUGUGCGACAUCUGUAUGGACCAAGUGACGGGAAGAGAGCAUCAGAACAGCAAACAUCAUCUGAUGCUGGCUGCUCAGCAGGAGCUCACACAGAAACUUAUGGAGCUGGCCACACAGGACUUGGGAACAAACACAUUCAAAUGCACCCACUGUGACAUCGACUUUGUUAGCUUUAUAGCCUUCACCGAACACAUGCUGGACCCUGCACACUUGGAACUCAUCGUCAGUCCACAGGUCAAAGUGGAAUGAUAUGUUUCCCUAAAUGUGUGCCAGCCGAAAAAAUUAUUCAGCUUUAAAUGAUAAGGGAAUUAUUUUCUGUUAUUUUCAGGAUCUUCCUUUUCCUGAAUAAACAAUUUAAUUAUGUUGCUACAGAUUUAGUAUUGUUUAAAUUUAGUUGUUCACUGUGCUCUAUGAAUGAGUCAAUCGUGUAUUUGAUGAAUUAUUACAAUGACCAACCGGUCAUGGUUUUGUGUAACAAGUCUUUUACAUCUUGACAAUUUUGAAUUUAGUUAGUUAAGUGAGUUUUUUUAUAUUUAUACUCAAAAUUGAAUUUGUUGGUUUAAAACAAAGUUAUGCUAUUGAUGUCAUUACAAAAUAAAAGUUAUGUCUAAUGCAUUACAAUGUCGUGUAGGCCUAUGUUUUUUCAUGCUGCUGUCGAAUAAAGACUUUCUUGAUUGUUA